UUUAGAAUCAGUUGCUAAAGAUUACCUUACCGUCGCGGUCGUUUAAUUUUGCAAAAAGGUGUGUUUGAUUUUGUGAUAUGACUAUAACGAAAUAAUAUUGGAAUCAACGUGAUGCAAGUUUUGGAUAUUAAUUGGAAGUGAAGAAAACAAAAAUCGAUCAGAAUUUUGAAAUUUCGAACAAACAAAUUUAUUGGAUUUUAUUUUUUAAACUUUAAUUUGUAACGGCUGUGCCAUCAAUGUUUUCUAUUAAGUGAUUAAGGUGUAAAAGUUUUUUUUUUAUUUUAAUUAACCAUGAGGAUUUUUCUAGCAUUAUCUGUGAUUAUCAUUUCCAUCCACAAUGGACGGUGUAAAAUAGAUUUAAAACGUGAUAAGGAAGUAAUAAUUGACAUCGACAGUCCUGAACUGCAUCAAUCGCAAUAUCAUACGGCUGAUUUUGAUACAAGUGCCUAUAACUACGGUUAUGCGGUCGAGCCGAACGGUCAAUUUCAUCACGAAACCAGAGGUGGUGAUGGUGUUACAUAUGGAUGCUAUGGAUACAUAGACAGUGAUGAUUUACUUAAAGUAACGCACUAUGUUGCCGAUUCACAAGGUUAUCGAACGUUAGAGCAUGAGAAACCAGUGCUGGUCUAUCCGGUUAAUGAAAACACUGUGGACGCAGACGAGAAGCCCUAUAAACCCAAAGGCGUUAUGCUAGACUGGAAAGAUUUAUAUUUUCCUAUUGGAUGUGGAAUGGCCAAAGGAGGUGUUAUUCUGAAUGCACCCGUUAUUCGAGCACCUGGGGGAAUUUUCCAACAAGUAUUAGGUGAAACGAAAUUUCCGGUUCAACCAAGUCCGGAACCGAAAGUAGUUGUACCUCGCAUUCCAUUCAACAGUCCAAUGAAAACUGAGCCGACAAAAUUGAUUCCGAUCAGCACAGUUGUAUCAACUUACACGAAACAGCAAAGUCCGAGAACAACAGCACCGGUAAUAUUCUCGUCUCCCGAAGGUGUGAACCCUUCAACAAGGACGACUCAAAGACCGACAAUCAAUAGUAACACACCAACGAAACCCUCAACCAUUAAUGCACACGUGAAUGGUCCAGAGUAUGCCACUAAAAUCUCCUAUCGACAAAAUCAACAUUCAACCGUUCCACCAAUUGUAAAUUCUUCGAAUCACCCCACUCGAGCGGGAACGUCUCCAUCACCAUUUAGAGAAUCGGUGACCAAUGGGCCUAGUACAGUGAAAACACCAAGUGACAAAUUUAUAUUGCAAAAAGUCACACCAUCCAUCAGCCCGUUAGGUCAAUCGGACUAUACUGAAGAUCUUUUACCUCCUUUCCGAACCACAAACAAAUUCGAUACUCACACAACAAUUGGUCUCCCGAUAAAUUCGUUUAAUCCGGGCAAUGAUCUCAAUGUUAUCAACUCAUAUGUGAAUUCAUAUCCAGAUACUCCGACUACAACGGAACCCAGUUACUUUGGAGAUAUAACAACAGUAGUGCCUAUUCAAAGUCAACCAUUUUCUACUAGCUAUAACAACAAUGGGCCUUCCACAGUUGUUAGUACAAAAUAUCCUGCUAUCGAUUCAACCGAGAAAAUAAGCUCAAUUCGACCGACUAAUUUCGAUGGAUUCAAAUUCAAUACUCAAACGACAACUGGAACGCCGUUCGAUCUGGCAACGGAAUCAAACGUAGAUUCAACAAAUCCGGAUUCGUCGACGGUCUAUACUGAUGCAGAAUCAUUAUCGACUCCAGCUGAUGAGCGAAGCACUCCAUAUGCCAGCCGACGACCCAUAGAAACUUCACAUUCAACUCUCUCUAAGUCUAGUUCUAGCAGACAAGAUUCCACUAGUAAAACAUUCGGUGUUACUAGUAGCGUUGCCUCUCAACGUCCUGCUGUUGAAAGUUACACCACUACUGACAUAGAUGUAGAAUUCGAAACUACGACAUCACAAUCAACAUAUCCUGGAAUUGGUGAUUACAACAAACCUCAAGCAGGAUUUGAAUUUAAUAUUCCGACAAGGGCUCCCAGUCAAGCAUCAACAUCAACACCCAGAGUACAAUCUUUUGUUACAAUCAGUAAUGUGGAACCGGUGGAAUCUAAAGCAACACCGCAAAAUUCGGUAGAUACAAAUUCUGUCGACAACAAAGCGCCGACAUACGACAAAACAACCACAUUCAUCACCAAUGGACCACAUGGAGCGGAAUAUCAACUGGGGUCAAGAAAUCCGCAUUCACAAUAUGGUAUUGGCAACUUAAAUUUCCUCAAUCCAAUAAAACAAUCGAGGAAAGAUGCAGAUGAUGCGAGAAAUCCACCGAUUUCUCUGAUUACUCCAUUGACUCAUUUGACCAUAUCAGGUUCAUUCCCUUCCAAAAACAACGACACUACAGACUCAAGCGCUCAACAACCUUCAACUCCGAUUGCCUCUGACAGAACACCCAUUUACGGAAAUCAGUAUUCCGUAUCGGAAGUCAUUAACCCAAGUCGUCCAAGCACUGUUCAUCCAGAACGAGAAUCAACUCGUCCGAACCAGCCAUCAGGAUUCUUUACAGUUACUACACCGAAGAACGAACCAAUUCGAGGAAUCAUAACGCACAUGAAUGCGAUAUCUCAAACUAGGUUUCAGCCGAGUAGGAUGACACCGUCUGUUGCACCGAGCGACGAACCGAAUACAAAUGAUGUAAUUUCCAAUCAACCAGAUGAUCACUCCAAUCCAAGAGGGCAAAUAAAUAUUCGUCCAGAGAUUACUCAUAACACUCGACCGGAACUUGUAGGACCAACUGAAUAUCCAUUCCUCUAUACUCGAUCACGGACAACAUCGGCGAAUGCAGAGAACACUCAAUAUCCGGAUGAAUCGAGACCGGGAACCUCAUCGCCCGAUUUAAUAACAAAGGCACCCAACGAUCAAUUGAAAAUAUAUUCAGGAUUCGGUCAAAGAAUAAUUCCUGGAGUAAAUCCAGCAACCACAUCAUUUACAGCAUAUAAUCCGGGAUCGACACCGACUCCACUAAAUGAAGUUGAUGGAGGAACUCCAUCUACAAAUCGGGUAAAGGGAAACUCAGUACCUUAUGAUAACUCACCACAUCAACCGAAGUUCGUGUUAAGGCCGACUGUUAGACCAGCUUCCAAUUCCAACAGACAACCGUCUAGUUUUAAUGGAUAUCCGGAUGCAGUAAAUAGAAAUGCAAACUUUUAUCCCGAUUCGAAUGCACAAAAAGCCAGCGAUAACAACCAAAACAAUAUCCAACCCGUGAGCAAAUAUGCAAACACUAAAACGGAGUUCAUUCCUCAGUACAAUCCGAGCAGCACACCUAUUCCAGGCUCCUUAGGCACUGCUAUUGGAGUUUAUCCACCGAAUGUUGACCAACUUGUACCGGAAAUUCCGAAUUUCAACAUUGCAAUAUCGAAGUGGCCGUUUUAUAUUUUACCAUUCCCAUUCGCCAAUGAUAACCUCAUGACGUUCCCAUUUUUGGGUGGAAUGCCAAUCCAAUUUGGAUCUAACGUUCUACCAACGGCAAACCUCAACCCAGGUACGAAUCCUACUUCUGGCAACGAUUACGUUCAAGGUGCUAGCAGCGUUGGAGUUGGUGGAAAUGGUCCACCUGCUCAGACCAUUUGCUCUUGGCUGAGUUCUUUUAUUAAAGCUAGAGAAAAUGCUACCAAAACAGAAGUACCGACGAACGAAAACGGCGAAACUCUUCAAAUAAGCAAUCUGCAAGUAAACCUCAAAAAUGCUCAACAGCCGAUCAACCAAAAUCAAAUACCGUUCGGUAUUGUUGGAUUUAUACCAGUAAUUGCUGUGCCGAAUUGCCAGCACAACGUACAAGGAGACAAACUCGAUGCAAAUGUUUUUCCAAAUAGUAUACAGUUACCAAAUCUUUGCACUCAACUGAGUCAUUUGCUGGGAAAUCCAUCAGUGACCGCAAAAGACACAAAUCAACCGUCGUCGGCGACGUAAUCAAAUUAUUCCUAACAAACAUUUCGUUCAUAGUAUUAUUACAGUUAUGUCAUUAAAUUAUGCAGUUCCGUUCAAGCGACGAAUAAAAAAUAAAGUUUCACAAAUUGAAAAGUU